CAACCCAGACCGGCCCGACCCCGGUCCCGGUCAGAGGUACAGUACGGUACUGGGACUGUACCCUGCGCGGACGGACGGCGGGUAUGAGCAGCGGCAGGAGUGCACGCACAAAGAGGACAGGAGCGUGACAGAGACAACGGAAGAGAACAAGCCAGCGCCGGAAGGCAACGGGAGGGAGAACUAGAGGGAGCAGCACGAGAGUGGGCGACCAGGUAAGCAGAGGAAGGGGAAGGGAAGGGGAGGGGAGGGGAAGGGAGGGAAGGGAGGAAGAGUCGACACCAAGAUUGAGAUUUGCACUAGAGUCAAUCGCGUCACGUCUCUGUUGUUGGAGCGGAGAGGAGAGGAGAGGAGAGGAUCGGCGAGUGGAGAGGGAUUCGACUGGGGUCUACGUCGUGGACCACUGGGGCACACAGAGUCAGCCUGUCCGCCUGUUGUCUUGUGCAACCGGGGCGUCGGGAGGGGCUGGGCUUGGGCCAAUUUCUUACAGAGCGCAACCUUUUGCAAUUUUCAUAAUAUUGUCCCACUCGCGCUUUCUUUCUUGCCUUCCUUCCUUCCUUUUGUGUCGCAGAGUCCUAAUUUCGAGACGAGUACUAGUCGGCCGCGAAUUGAAUCCUUGUCAGAAUCCUCCAAUUGUGCAGAUUUGUAGCUCCUCCGCUUAAGUCAAGCCGCCUGUGUGCUGCUGCGCAAUUCGCAGCUGCUGCAGUAGUUUUCGAGUGAGCGAAUUACUUGGCGCCGAGUGAAAUUCCCGCUUGGUUCUUCAGCUGGUAAAAUUGGCUUCUUUUCUUCCGUAGAGUAUGAUAAUUAUCUGUCUCUGAAGUACAAGACGGAUUUGCGGGGCUGCGAGCCCUCUUAUAAAUUUUGUAAGAGCCCCCAGUCAGUCGUCAAAAUCGUAAGGAUCAAAUUCGCCCCGUGGGAGCUCGCGCAUUCCAAUCCAGCCCCGACUCAUCUCAUCAGUCCUCUAGGGUCGACAUUCAAUUGCAUUUCUCAGUCGGGGGAUCUCCUGUGUCAUUCACGGAGGUAAUUAGAGAAGGCAGAGAAGCAUUGUGCUGUAUGUCUGAUAGAGGGGGAAUAGGGAAAGCGUGGAGGGGAAUCGGAGACAUAGCAAAUCCUUGUCAAUGGCCACACGUUCGAACUCGCAGGCGUUUUGCUGCCAGUCGGCCCCCUCUAAUCAGGAUCGCAGUGUGGAUGCUGGAAAGCUCCGGAUGAAAGAUGCCAAGAGAGAUGAAACAAACUCGGAUUUAUCCAAGACAGAGCAAUUGGACACCUCAAUUGACCUAAGUCCUACAUCUGCAGCACCCUCAGUGGAAGCGGUCACUGCCAGCGUCGCAAGCAGCUCACUGAAAGGUUCUGGACCAUCCGUCAGGUCGCAAUCUGUUCAUCCUUUAGAUCCCUUGAGUCCAACGGAAAUCGCGGUGGCCGUGGCCACGGUCAGGGCAGCAGGAGCUACGCCCGAGCUGCGGGAUGGGAUGCGUUUCUUUGAGGUGGUGUUGCAAGAACCCGAGAAAAACGUGAUCGCCCUGGCGGAUGCAUUUUUCUUCCCACCUUAUCAGCCGACAGUCAUUUUUUCCAAGGGGAAAGGCGGAGCCAUAGUUCCACUGCAGCUUCCCCCACGUCAGGCAAAACUGGUAGUUUACAACAAGAAUACGAAUGAGACGAGUGUGUGGUUGGUGGAGUUGACUCAAGUUCACGCCGCCGCUCGAGGAGGUCAUCAUCGUGGAAAAGUUCUAUCCCGCAAUGUCAUACCUGAUGUUCAGCCUCCCAUGGAUGCAGAGGAGUAUGCUCAAUGUGAAGCUGUCGUCAAAAGCUACGGCCCUUUUGUUGAAGCAAUGAGGAAGAGAGGAAUAGAGGACAUGGAUCUCGUGAUGGUGGAUCCCUGGUGCGUGGGAUACUACGGCGAAGAGGAUUCUCCGAGCAGAAGACUCGCGAGACCCUUGUUCUUUUGCAGAACCGAGAGCGAUUGUCCCAUGGAGAAUGGAUAUGCAAGACCAGUCGAAGGAGUCCGAGUACUGGUCGAUGUAAGAAACAUGGAGGUCUUGGAAUUUGAGGACAGGGAAUUCGUUCCGCUUCCACCCCCUGACCCUCUUCGUAAUUACACGUGUGCGGCUACCCGAGGGGGAGUGGACAGAGCUGACAUCAAGCCUCUGGUCAUCAGUCAACCAGAAGGGCCGAGUUUCCGUGUCAAUGGGUAUGCUGUUGAGUGGCAAAAGUGGAAUUUCCGAGUUGGCUUCACCCCGAGGGAAGGACUGGUCAUCCACACUGUUGCAUACCAUGAUGGCAGCAGGGGCCGUCGAUCUGUAGCACAUAGAUUGAGCUUUGUUGAAAUGGUGGUUCCUUACGGGGAUCCUCAUGAUCCUCAUUACCAAAAAAAUGCAUUCGAUGCCGGCGAGGACGGGCUUGGAAAGAACGCCCAUUCUUUAAAAAGGGGAUGCGACUGUCUUGGAUACAUAAAAUAUUUUGAUGCACACUUCACUAGUUUUCUCGGUGGAGUAGAAACGAUUGAGAACUGUGUCUGCAUGCACGAGGAGGAUCAUGGAAUUCUCUGGAAACAUCAAGAUUGGAGAACUGGAUUAACUGAAGUGCGCCGUUCAAGGCGUCUCACUCUUUCUUUCUUCUGCACGGUUGCGAAUUAUGAGUACGGAUUUUUUUGGCACUUCUACCAGGAUGGCAAGAUUGAGGCCGAAGUGAAACUCACAGGAAUUCUUAGUCUGGGAGCUCUAAAGGCUGGUGAAUCUCGUAAAUACGGCACUGUCAUAGCCCCCGGCCUUUAUGCUCCCACCCACCAGCAUUUCUUCGUCGCAAGAAUGGACAUGGCUAUUGAUAGCAAGCCCGGAGAGCCUACCAAUCAGGUGGUUGAGGUGAAUGUCAAAGUAGAGGAUCCCGGACCCGAUAAUGCCCACAACAAUGCGUUCUAUGCGGAGGAGACUUUGCUGCGUUCAGAAAUGCAGGCUCAGCGUGAUUGCAAUGCUUUGACAGCGCGUCACUGGAUUGUUCGUAAUACACGAGUGGUCAACAGAACGGGACAGCUGGUCGGCUAUAAGCUUGUUCCUGGCUCCAACUGUCUUCCGUUUGCUGGGCCCGAUGCCAUGUAUCUAAGACGUGCUGCGUUUUUGAAGCACAACUUUUGGGUAACUCAGUAUAAUAAGAACGAGCUGUAUCCCGGUGGGGAGUUUCCCAAUCAAAAUCCACGGAUUGGGGAAGGCCUCCCGACUUGGACGAAAAUGGAUAGAAGACUAGAGGAAGCCGAUGUUGUGCUUUGGUACAUAUUUGGAACAACCCACAUUCCUCGCUUGGAAGACUGGCCGGUCAUGCCAGUGGAACAUAUUGGAUUCACUCUUGUGCCUCAUGGAUUCUUCAACUGCUCACCGGCUAUAGAUUUGCCACCGAGUACACCUGUUGCGGAUGAGACGGCGAAGGACGUCGUUCUAACGAAGCAGGGAUCUCAGUCCACUUCGGGUCUGCACCUCGCCGUCACAUCUAAACUCUAGCCAUAAGUAUCUGCCUACAUUUUGUACGUAUGUAUUCUGCCGUGAAUCAGGACCACAAUGGAACCUUUGGACAGAUUUUGCGGAAAGCUGUUAAUCGGAUUCCACUUACUGGAGGUAGAUAGCCCCAGUUGAGGCUCUGAAGGGUUUGUAAAGUAUGGACAUGUUGUCAGCUACCUUCGAUGUUUGAGCAAUCUCGACUCAGUGUUAGUCUCCCCAAAGCGAGGCAUUUUCUUCGCCGUCUCCAUUCGGAAGGUGGCUUUCUUAUGGACGAGGAAGAUGUGUAACUAUGUAACUAGGGCUGUAUAUAUGUUUCCAAGAAGCUAUCAGGAGGUAAAAUCGAGCAUGAAAGAUGCAAGAAGAAGCUCAUUAUUAGUGUCAGUUGUGUAGGAACUGUACUGAAGUGGGAGAGGAUAAUUGUUGCCAAGCAAGACCUCUCAUUUGAGCCGAGAGGGUUGGUACUACUCUUUGUCGGGAAAGUAUGAAGAAAAUUGAUUAGAGAGCUCUGAUAUGCCACACAUGACUAUGACUUUGACACCGAUGACUUAUGUUUGCGUUUACGCCCUUAAACUUCACCAUUUUGAUCGGCAUGGCUCCCCA